AUGGAAAACAAAAACAUUAUCACAGAGGUUCCAGCAGCCCUGAAGCGCCUGGCCAAAUACAUUGUACGUGGUUUCUAUGGAGCAGAGUUCUCCUUGGCCUUUGAUGUGCUGCUCCGCUACCCUUGUGUGAAGGAGGAAGACUUGCUGCAGUUGCUCAAGUACGAACACAAGCAGCUGCGCACCAUCCUCAACACGCUCAAGGCAGAUAAGUUUGUGAAGCUGCGUAUGCGAGUUGAAACAAAGCCCAACGGGAAGAGCACAAGGCACAAUUACUACUACAUCAACUACAAAGUGCUGGUGGAUGUGGUAAAAUACAAACUGGAUCAUGUACGCCGGAAAAUAGAAGCAGAUGAGCGGGAUUCAACAACCAGAUUCUCUUUCAAAUGUCCCUCUUGCUCCAGCACUUACACAGACCUGGAAGUCAACCAGCUCUUUGAUGUAUUUACAGAGACUUUCCGCUGCACUUACUGCAACACUGAAGUAGAGGAAGAUGCCUCGGCACUGCCCAAGUGCAGUGCUCAAACCUUGCUAGCAAAAUUCAAUGAGCAGAUGGAACCCAUCUUUGUGCUGCUGCGGGAGAUUGAAGAUACUGUUCUGCCAUAUGACUUGCUGGAGCCUCAGCCCACAGAGAUACCAGAAUUAACAGAAAGCUUUGAUCAGGUGCUAGAAUCUUGCAGCCAACUCGAAAAAUGGACCAAAAGAAGUUCCUCUUUUGGCGAUAUGUACACUCAAAACUUAGUUAUCAAUGUCCAAGACUCUGAGCCCAAGAAGAAAAGAAAGGAGAAAGCAACGAAAGAUCAACCUAGCUGGAUGUCACAGAGCACCAUAGAAGAAGCAACAACAGCCAGUAACAGUACCAUUGGAGUAAAUGCUUCUGAAGAAACUGUUAAAGAGACUCUCACCGAUAAUGAAAUCAUCAAGACUCUUAUGAUACAUGAGUUCAAGCCAUCAUCAAGCAAUGACCAGGCUCCUGUUGUCAAAAGCAAACUACCUGAACCAGACAGUGACACUAGUGAGUCUGAAGAGGCCAAGCAUUCAGGAGCAGCAGGAAUGGAAGUAGCAGGCAGCAACUUUGAAGAGGAGGAACAGGAAACACUGGGUCCUAUUUUAAUGGUACGUGGUCAGCCUCGUUCAUAUGGUGAAGUCUGUGAAAAUCCAGAACUUGUCUCUCUCAUGACAAAUGAAGAGAGAGAAGCUUACAUAAAAGUAGGACAAGAAAUGUUCCAGUCUGUCUUUGAAUAAACACUAC